UUAAAACGAGUAUUUUUGAGGUGUUUUUGCAGAUCAUAUUUUUCAGUCUUCGUUUCUGUUUCGUGAAUUUUUUCUGUGAAACUGUUAACAGAAAAUACAAAAAUAACAAUUGCAUCAACAAUCAAACACAUUUUGCAAGAAGAGGUACGUCUCUUGAAUCAACUUUACUUUAUUCCAGUUACGAUUCCAAUCCAUCAGAAUGUCGAAAGCACACCCACCGGAACUCAAAAAAUACAUGGACAAAAAGCUGACUUUCAAAUUGAACGGUAAACGAGUGGUGAAUGGAAUUUUGCGCGGAUUUGAUCCUUUUAUGAACCUGGUAGUCGAUGAAGCGGUAGAAUUAAGGCGAGAUAAAACCCAAAAACCGUUAGGAAUAGUGGUCAUAAGAGGAAAUUCUAUCGUUAUUAUGGAAGCUUUGGAAAGGGUGCAGUGACAUUGUAAACGGUUUUAUGCUGAUGAAGUGAAAGCAAAUAUUUCUCAUGAUGUUUAUUCGUUCUCAGCAAUUCUAAAAGUCUAUUCGUCUUAUUACCAUAUUUUAUUGUAUGUUUUGUCUAAAUGGUGAGAUCUCAAUAUUUCCAAAUAAGAGGCAUACAUCGGAUUAUUUUUAAGUACAUCUUUCAACUAUAUAAGUUUCACUGUACAGUAGAUUGUUCUCUUAUGUUCCAAAAAUCUCUCCAAUAACUUUUGAUUUUUUAUAAUAAGAUUUUGAGCAAAUGUAUUUUUUCAAGUAGUUGGUUGACCAACCUCAUAUUCUAUAGAAAUGUACGUCUCUAUCCAUGUUUACAUACGAUCAAUAUAAAUUCCAACUCCAAA